AUGCCUUCGCCGCACCAUCCCUGCACCGUCCACAGCCACCACAUUGCUUGCCAACAACCUCCACCGCGAUCCAAGCCUCCCAUCGCCACCUCGUCGCCACUCGCCGCACGCCGCUCUCCGAUCCGCAAGUCAUCAGAUUUGAUAUUGGAUGAAAUGCAGAAAAGGAAUUUUGCCCUCAUAGAAAUAGAAAGACUACUAUCUAAUUUGGGCAUAAGCCUGAAUGACUUUCCAUGUAUGUCAUUGCAAGAUGUUCAAGAUGUUGGUUUAACAACCAAUAGAUUGCUACAAGAGGAAUUAGCAUAUGAUCAUGAAGCCCUUAUGGAAGAAAAUAAGAUUUUGAUUACUCAAUUAGCAGACGAGCAAAGGAAAAUUUAUGAUGAUGUCCUUGAUGACGUUGAAAAUAAUGCAGGAGGAUUGUAUUUUGUAUAUGGAUAUGGCAGUACAAGAAAGACAUUCUUGUAG